AUGAAUACUGACUUAUCGACAAUGGCGAUCCCAUCUGGGUUCACUCCAACAGAUCAUCAUCUUCUUCAUCGUCAUGAAAAUACGACAGAUCCUUCCACUAAUACUAGUACUAAUAAUACUGAUGAUGUCAGCGCCGACAAUGCAAAUGCCGCCUCCGUCGUCGCCGCUCAGGGUAACAACGCCCUCGCUCAAAAUAUUAGUCCCAAAAAUGUUUAUAAUAAGAGCAAUAGUACAGCACAACCUGCUAUAACGGUAACACCAGCGAUGGGGAAUGCAGAUUAUAAGAGUAUACCCAUUAAUAAUAUGAACAUGACUUUUAAUAACAAUAGCAAUAGCAAUAGUAAUAGUAACCUUAACGCUAUGAAUAAUAAUAAUAACAUUAAUGGUUCAUCAGCAUCACAACAAAUGGCGAAAUUACGCAGAGAUUCUAUUGCUCAUUCACAAGGGAUGGGUGGUGUUUCCUGGGGUUCUCUAACGAUCGGGUCUUGGUUAAGGGAUGAGGUCAUGUUUAAUGCUACUAUGAAACAACAUUCAAACAAUACUUCGAGGUCGAAUAGUAACAUUCUUGCGAAUGCACCUAUUGAUUAUCGUCGUUUAUCAACUAUUAAUAAUCCAUCAACUAAUGCUUUAACGACGUCAAGAGAUUCUGUAAGUGGAUCAGUAAAGAAAUUUACUCCAAAUUCACCACCGAUUUUUGCACAAUCUGCUUAUUUACCAUCUCUCGAAGAACAGUAUUGUAAAGAUUAUUCAUGUUGUGGAAUUUCAUUACCUGGUUUACAUGAUUUACUGAGGCAUUACGAAGAAGCUCAUAUUAACCCUGGUACUACAAGUACCAGUGGUGCUAUGACAACACCUUCAACUCCUAUGGCUCCUGGUACAACUACUACUCAGGGAUUUUCAAUGGCAUUUAAUAAGAGAAAAUCACAAGCUCAACAAGGUACCACAUCUUCGUCAUCAACCACUGCGAAUGCAACCACAUCAGAUGCUAAUGCUAAUACUACUAGUACUACCGCUACUUCACAGCCACAAUUACAUAGACAGUCAAUGACACAGAGACAACAUGGAUCUAAAAUGACUCAAACGAAAACACAACAACAAAAUGUUCAAGUACCGUUACAAGUGCCGAGAAAUAAUAAUACGAUGAUGGAACAGAAACAUAUUAUUCAACAACAAUUAAAACCACAAAAUAGUAAAAAUUCUGCGUCGACUGCAACAACUACGACAGGUCAAUCGACGGUUACUACUCAACCAACAACGGACUCACAAUUGUUUAUUAACGGUAAUGUAAAUAGUGGUAUUUCUACCAAUGAAGUUUUCUUAUCAUCGAACAAUAAGAAUGGGAAUAGUGGUGCUAGUAAUAGUGCAAAUAACAGCAACAGAAACAAGAUUAAUCCAGAUUUUACUUUUAAUGUUACUGAUGGCCAAAAUAAUAACAAUUCUAAGAUUAUUAAUAACACAACAAGUCAUUACACAACUACUAACUCACAUAACAAUUCAGUUGAUUUAAAUUUCAUGGAUGAUGAUUUAUUGACAAGAAUGGGAUUACAUGCUAACGAUCCAUUGUCGGUCAGUUCAUACGUUCAAAAUUCAAGACAAAACUUCAUAAAUAAUCAACACCAGUCUAAUCAACAUGGUAAUGAUAUGGAUGAAGAUGAUGAUGAUGAUGAUGACGAUGAUGAUGAUGACGAUGAUGAUGACGACGACGAAGAUGAUUUGAUGUCUGGUACUACCAAUACAGGCAAUAAUAGUCAUUCGACAACACACACUUCUCCAUUAAAUGGUAAUAUCAAUGGUACGACAAACUUGCAUAAUGGCCAUAUAGAUAUUAAUUUUAAUAAUAUGGCAAGCAUUCCACAAAAUGGAAUAUUUGGAGAUUUUAAGGAUCCAGGUAUGUUACUAUCAUUGCAAUCACAAGGCAAUGGUAGAGGUAAUCAAAAUUUGAUCAACAAUCAAAAUAUGAAUAGAAAUUUCUCCAUAAAUAAACCUAAUAAGCAAGGUUAUAUUGAUGAUCCAGCAAGAAGAUUGUACGUAAUGGAUCAUGAAGAACAUAAACCAUUUAAAUGUCCUGUCAUUGGUUGUGAAAAGACUUACAAGAAUCAAAAUGGUUUGAAGUAUCAUAGACUACAUGGUCAUCAAAAUCAAAAAUUGCAUGAAAAUCCAGAUGGUACAUUCAGUAUAUUAGAUCCAGAUUCAAAUGAGCCAUAUCCAGAAGGUAUGGGUUACGAAAAAGAUAAACCGUACCGUUGUGAAGUAUGUGGUAAACGUUACAAGAAUCUGAAUGGGUUGAAGUAUCAUAGAGGUCAUUCAACGCAUUAG